CAAAGCAGAGCGCCGCAGAAGCCUUCCAGGCUAUUAGAGCCCAGGCGGGAGACAGCUUCUUGCCGUUGGUUUCCCCAUGACAGCCAAGGCGAUGUGGACUUAGCUCAAGGAAAAGCAUCAUUGAUGAGGAAAGAAAGACAAAGGAGAUCUUAAGCUGAAGGGGUAUCCAGAGAGAGGAGGAGGAAGGUCCGAAGAGGGGAGGGGAGAGACCAGCGCUUUCCUCCCCCACAUGACUCCCUUCCUCUGACCCAGCACAACAAACCUAGAGCCUUCCAGUUCUUGUCACCCCCUUAGCUGCCUUUGGUGCCAUGGGGAACAGUUUCUCCAGUAUCCCAGCAAUGCCUAGAGGCAACCCCAAUCGCUUCCACAGGGUCCAUCAUCAACAUCUCAAAGAUUCCAUUGGUGGGUCCUUUCCUGCUUCUUCUCAUCGAUGCCACCACAAGCAAAAGCACUGUCUACCCAUUUCACAGUGUGGGACUCUCUCGGUCAGCCCACUGCUUUUCCAUCCUCGCACCAAGGGGUCACAGAUCAUCAUGGAUACCACUCAGAAAGUGGUCAAGCGACAGGCAAGUUUCUGCAACGCCAUCACCUUCAGCAACAGGCCAAUAGUCAUCUAUGAGCAAAUUAGACUUAAGAUCACAAAGAAGCAGUGUUGUUGGAGUGGAGCUCUUCGACUGGGAUUUACGUCCAAGGAUCCCUCUAGGAUUAAUCCAGAAACUCUGCCCAAGUAUGCAUGCCCAGAUCUGGUUUCUCAAAGUGGAUUUUGGGCAAAGGCUCUUCCAGAAGAGUUUGCAAACGAAGGAAAUAUCAUAGCGUUCUGGGUGGAUAAAAAGGGACGUGUAUUUUAUCGUGUGAAUGAUUCUGCUGCCAUGUUAUUCUUCAGUGGGGUAAGGACAACUGAACCAUUGUGGGCUUUGAUUGAUGUCUAUGGACUCACUCGUGGAGUGCAACUCUUAGAUAGUGAAAUUAUUCCUCCUGAUUGCCUCCGUCCAAGAUCCUUCACAGCUAUCCGCCGACCCUCAUUGCGCAGAGAGACUGAGGACACCCGUCUAUCUGUAAGCCUUUGUGAUCUCAACUUGCAGGAGGACAAUUUCCAAGUCAUGACUGCCAUGUGUCCUAUUCCACAGAAUUCCCUCAAUUCUCAGCAUUCCCACCUCCUCCCAUCUCAACUUGAAAGCGAUCUCCGUUUCCAUCAGCUCAGGGGAGCCCAUAUUAAAAUUCUGGAUGACCAGACUGUGGCUCGUCUGGACCAUGCUCGAGAUGAGAGAACUUUAGUUUUUACCAGCAGAUCGCUUAGAAUCAGUGAGACUAUAUUUGUCAAAAUCAAUAAAUCCAACACUUCACGUACUGGGACACUAUCAUAUGGGGUAACCACUUGUGAUCCUAGCACCCUGAGACCCAGUGACCUUCCUUAUAACCCAGAGUCUUUAGUUGAUCGAAAAGAGUUCUGGGCAGUCUGUAGAGUGCUGGUGCCUCUCCAGAGUGGAGACAUCUUGGGAUUCAUGGUGAAUUCAGAAGGAGAACUGCACUUGAGUCACAAUGGAGCAAAUGCAGGCAUGCAAGUAUGUGUGGAUUGUUCCCAACCAUUAUGGAUGUUCUUUGGUUUACAUGGAGCGGUGAUGCAAAUUCGUGUCCUGGGUUCUACUUUCAUGGCUGAACACCUGGGGCCAUCAGCACCAAGCUCACCCACCUCAUCUCCCAAUUCAUCUUCCAUUCUUUGCAACGAGGGUUCUGAUCCUGUCCUAUGUUUAUCUGGUUCUGGCCCACUUGGCAGCUCAAUCAGUGGUACGGCUCCAAACUCUCCAAUUAGCAUGCCAGAAUCCCCCCUUUCCUCUUCCAUCUCAGGAUCUUGGAAUGAUGAGUGUACUAUCUGUUAUGAGAAUAUGGUGGACACUGUGAUUUACUCUUGUGGACAUAUGUGUCUGUGUUAUACAUGUGGGCUCAAACUCAAGAAGAUGGCUAAUGCCUGUUGUCCUAUCUGUAGACGUGCCAUCAAGGACAUAAUCAAAACCUAUCGCAGCACUUAAAGUUGCAUGGCAGAAGGGUAUGACCUAGGAAGAGGAUCUUCAUAAAACUUAACUAGGAUAAGGAAGGUGGGAGGAAGUGGUUCCCUUCUUUAAAUAUGUAGCUAAUUUUGAAUGUGGUUAACCAUGGGUACAGCCUUCUUCCACCUGAAAUUCGAGGGCUAAAUAUAUCUUCUUUCCUUGGUAUCUAACAAAAUGCUCCUGUGAACAUUUAAUAUGUGUAGCCAGCAAGAAAGGCUGGAUUUCAUGUCUACCUUUCCUUGGCUCUCAGUUGUUUUUUGACUGUCCUUUCUUCCUAGUUGAAUGUUACAAGGAUCAAAGGAGAAAAUAAUGUGAAAUAAGCAGAGUUUCAUGUUAUGUUAAGUGAACUAAAUGAAUACUUGGAAACAAGAGUAGAAUAAGGAGAAAUCAUUUCAAUAUUAGAACUACUUUGAUAGGCAAGAGAGCCUCACAUAGGAUUUUUUUCCCCAGUUUUCCUAAUCAUAUCAAUGGCUGCCAUAUUUUACAAAUAGUUAUAGUGCAGCACAUGCUGCUACUAAGGAAGAUUAUGCUUGGAUUGUUUUUUCUAUGCUGUGCUGUGCAGAGAGGGCCAGCAGCUAACCAUUGACUUUGAUUCUCGUCUAUUUUUUCAAAGCAGAAGCUGUUCAUAUCUCAGAAGCAUGAUAUCACUUCCUUCUUUAAUCAAUUUCUGCUUUUACUGUUAUUUCCAAAGUUCAUUACACUAGGAAAUGGUGCUUUGGGAAAAUGAUGGCACAUGAUGUCAAAGCCAUAAGGAUGAAAGUUGGCAAAGUUUUAUUUUUAAUUUGUCGUCGGGACAUUCAUUAUCUAUCCCAGGUUUUAAAGGAAAGAAAAUGAUCAGUUGUAUAACCUUUUAUCAAAAUGAAUGUGUGUUACAGAGCUGGAUUUAUAUUGUUUGAAGGAAAAGAAAUCAGGACCAAAAUGGGUUUUAUUUUUUAUUUGCUUCAUUGAUUUAAUGAAGGAUUCAUAUGAGAAGAAUAUGUGAAAAAUAUAUUAAUUUCACUUACUCAUAGAACCAUAUGUAUCCUUGGCAUAAUUGAAUUCUUGGAAUUUUUUUCUGGUCACAAGUAAUGUCAUAUUUUAUCUUUCAUUUUCAAUAGCUAAUUGUUUUCUUAUUUUUAGCUGUUCCACUUAACAAAUCUUAAAUCAGAAAUUGCAUUUCACAAUUAAUAUAUUCCAAGUGAGUUAUGUCUGAGAUGGUUGAUUGAAAAAUGACAACAAUGUCAUACCUUAACUCACAAUUUCAGUUCCCCAAUAUGGACAAUCCAGGUUUAGAGAGUGAAUUGUUAAAUUAAGAUAGAAAUCUAAGAAAAAAAAAGAUUGACACACCAUUUUUCAUCCAGUUCAAAUAAUAGUGUUUGUACCGAACACUUCUAGUACAUAUUUUUCAUUGCAGAGAUUUUGCAGUACUGUAUGGUUGACAUAUUUUAUAAUUAAGGUGAUGCUUCAUAGAAACUUUCCCCUCCAUUUUAUAGGACAAAAUAAACCUCAGGAUUCAAGAAGUCACAUUCUCUUCUCAUUUGAUAUCUCAAUAAUUAGAGAUAAACUGCCAUUUGGUUAUUUUUCAUCAUCUAUGAUUGUGGAGGACUACCCAAAUCCUCAAUUAAUUUUUUUCUAUAUUUGGGCUUCUUCAAAUUACAAUAACCAUAUGGUGUUUAACAGAAACAACUCAUACUAUGCUAGUCCUACACCCCCACUGUAUGAAAUUAAUGCAAGUGCUGGACAGUUGUUACUGUCACCUUGAAUGAUUUUCAUCAAUUCUAAAAUGGAAUAAUUAGUUGUAAAGUAUUUGCUUGUUCCAGGAAAUUCUGCAAGAAUUGUGUCCUAGUUUUUUAAAAAAUAAUCUCAGAAAGCACUGGGUUAUUUAAUGUAAACUGGACAUUAAAUUUAUGCCAUUUAGCUCAGGAACUCCACCUUGCUGUGCUAUUGCAAAGUCCUUUGCACCAAGAGUUUUUGUUCAAGCAUCCAAGUAAUACAACUGAUAAUAUAUGCCCUAUUGCAGUGUUAGCAAACCUUUUCAGCACCAAGUGCCAAAAUGGGAAUAUAUGUGUGCGCAUAUGUGUGCACCGGAAGCCAGAAGAACAGCCACCAAGUGCGCAUGCACGCGCCGGGAAGAUGAUCUUCCCGUUUCCAGCACGUGCAUGUGCACUGGC